UGAAAGAGAUGACAUGGACACAGACCCUUUACUGUUGAUUCUGAACUGGUGCAGAGGAAGGACCUUCUCCCUACAGAAAGCAGGAACUUGUUUUUUAUCUGCUAAAACGGAAACCAGGUCCUGGCGACAGUUUACAGACUCCCCACCUCCAACCCGGGGCCUGAGGUGCUAGCCAAACAGGGAGCCGGAGAAGAAGGUUUCUUUGCAGGAUACUGACACUGCAAAGCUAGCAGAUGGGGCAGCCUUGCGUGGUCAUGAUCGCUGCCCUCUGGGUCCAGAUCCUGUUGCAAACACCUCAGGCCUUCCUGGAAAGUCACCUCCUCCAGGAAGCCCUCCCAGAAGGAGCCACCACCCUCUCAACCUUUCAGAUACCUCAGAACUCAUGAGUGGUAGGCCAGCAGAUCGAGAUGACCAUGCAGUAUCAUGCUUUUGAUGACCAGUAUAAAGGAUGUGAAAAUGACAUGGAUUCUAUAGCCCCCCAACUCCUGCAGGACGAAAUGAGAAACAAUGCACUGCUCAACGAAUCCUGGGGCACAGCAGAGAAGAAGUGGCAGAAUGAGACCAAGAAGAAGGUGUCUCCCCUCCCCUCAGGCUUCAAGGAUGAGUACGGCAUAGCGGUCGUGAUGUACACUAAUGACAAAAUUCAUUUAGACUUCAACUUGGCCGUGCGGACAAAUGGCACAUCUGUGGAAUAUUACAAGAAUAAUUUUCGUUACAAAGCCUUCCACUUCUACCUGACCAGGGCCCUGCAGCUCCUGCCAAAGGUCAAAUGCACCAUGCAACUUUUUCGGGGCUCUAAGGAAGAGUUCUAUCACAGAGGGAUGGGCCCCAUGCGCUUAGGGCGUUUUGGCUCCACAUCCAAGAAUCGUUCGAUGAGAAAGAUGCCACUUGCAGUUCAGAUUGGUGAAAGAGAUGACAUGGACCCAAACUCUUUCCUGUUGAUUCUGAGGAUGUGCAGAGGAGGGACCUUCUCCCUGCAGAAAGCAGGAGCUUGUUUUUUAUCUGCUGUCCUGGCAGCAGUUUACAGUCUCCCCACCUCCAACCCGGAGCCUGAGGUGCUAGCAGGCAGGGAGCCGGAGAAGCAGGUCACCACAAAGGUAGGAGAUGGGGCUGCCUCACGUGGUCAUGAGCUCUGCCCUCUGGGUCCAGAUCUUCUUGCGAACACCUCAGAUGAGAAAGAUGCCACUUGCAGUUCAGAUGGGAAAAAUGCCACUUGGAGUUCAGAUGAGAAAGAUGCCCUUUGCAGUGCAGAGCACCCAGCAUGAUGGCUCCCAGUGGUCUGACCCUGCUGCUGUUGCUGUCCGGCAUCCUCAUCCUGCUCCCCGGCUCCAGACUGGGUCCCCUGACCCCCUGUUUUUGACAGCUCAGGGUCUCUCAGCUCGGGCACACUCACCCACAGCACUGUCACCCACCAGGAUGGCUCUAAACCACCUGCAGCCCAUCUGCUCCCUCACUGGCCCUGAUGUCUCCCUCCUCUCUCAGCACCAGCUCCCUGCCUGCACACUCACCCCCACCUUCCCAGCCAGUCCUUCGACCCCUGCAUCUCCCACUCCUCUCCUCGAUGUCCACCUGCUUUCCCAAACCACCAGAGAAACCCUAGGAUUUCUUCUCAAAUCUCCCCCAGCUUCUUUUUUAUGCAGUCUCCUCAAUUAUCCACCUAUGAGAGUGCUUUUUAAACCAUAGACUCCUCAGCAGCCACCAGUUAUAAAAUGUAUUUUUGGAUUGAUGAAAGAGGUAGUUUUCCAAGCCUCCCUGAAGGAGAGAGACUCUAAUUCCCCACCCCUAAACCUUAAUUCUGAUCCAGCACUUAAUGGGGUUUACUGCAUACGGUAACUACUACUACACAGUUCCUACUACUA